AUGGGUGGCGCAAUCAACACCUUGGCCUUUCCUGCUCCCAACUUGCCCCGCCAGUUCUACGAGGACGAGCUCAAGAGGCGUCCGGAUCUUGUAUGGCUGGAAACCACCCACCAGGAGCGAAUCCCAGCUUGCCACGUCAAGGGAGGUUCCUCCGGCAAGCAGGGCCCUCACAUGGGCGGUGCGGAUGUCUUCAGCUACGAGUACGUGGGCUACUCUCUCUCGAAGCUUCAAGGCGCGUUUUAUACGAACCUUCGUCAGCAGGCAGCUUGCAUACGAAGCAUCGAUGCCGCCUGGCGCUACCUGGUCGACACGUUGCAGAUUCCCCCGCAGCAGAUCAUCAUCUUCGGGAGAUCCAUCGGCUCUGGCCCCUCCGUGGAUCUCGCGUCUCGAAGAGAGGUGGACAUCUCCCGACACUCGCCUUUGAACGUGGCUGGCGUUAUUCUACAGUCCCCACUGGAAAGUGGUGCCAGAGCUGUGCUUGGGCACUUCACCUCCUUCGUGGGCUACCACCUCGACAUAUUCAGGAACUAUGAAAAAAUUGACAAGAUCACCUCGCCCGUUGCCAUUAUGCAUGGCACCAAUGAUGAAGUCGUGCCCUACGCCAAUGGUGAGGCCCUCUACAAGAAGCUGCUCAAUCCGUUUCCGCCGCUUUGGAUCGAUGGGCAUGGGCACAACGACAUGCCACAGGCGCGAUGCUUCACGUACGUGAAGGAGUUCAUCCGACACCUGAACAAGGGGAGGACCUAA